AGCAAACUAACCACAUAGAUUUAGCCGUCGUUUUCGACCAGUCGAUGACCCCAGGCCUGUGGUGCUCGUUUUCUCCCUCGGUUUCGAGACAUUCUUUCAGGCUUUCAGGGUUCUCAUAGUGAAUGAUUAUAACUCCAUACAUGAAGCACAUGAUUCUCACCGUGUGACCAACUAGAACCCAUUAUUUGGUUAGAUUAAAUUUCCUUUUGGGCUUUCUCUAUCUCACUAAAUCAGUGAACCCAGGUGAAAUAUCACUCGCUUUCCAUCUUGGGUUUUUGUGUUCUGAUAUAUUCAUGGCUUCUGCAAUACUCAGUGGAGCUGAAAACCUCACAGUCAUAAGAGGAAUAACCCCAAAUAGGUUAGGUUUUAUUGGGUCAGAUUUUCGUGGGAGGCAUUUUACCAGCACGGGUUUGGUGUCUAGUAGUAUGAUUUUCAAGACUAGAACCAUAGUCCCCAAGUGUAGUGUUUCGGCUCCAAGGCCAGCUUCACAGCCUAGGUUCAUACAGCACAAGAAAGAGGCAUUUUGGUUCUAUAGAUUCCUCUCGAUUGUUUAUGACCAUAUCAUAAACCCUGGGCAUUGGACUGAGGACAUGAGGGAAGAUGCGCUUGAGCCUGCUGAUCUCAGUGACCGGAAUAUGAUAGUGGUAGAUGUGGGUGGGGGAACUGGGUUUACCACUUUGGGGAUAGUUAAGCAUGUGGACGCCAAGAAUGUUACGAUUUUAGACCAGUCACCUCAUCAGCUUGCUAAGGCUAAGCAGAAGGAGCCCUUGAAGGAGUGCAAAAUAAUCGAGGGUGACGCAGAAGAUCUUCCUUUUCGUACUGAUUAUGCUGAUAGAUAUGUAUCUGCUGGAAGCAUCGAGUACUGGCCAGACCCACAGCGAGGCAUCAAGGAAGCAUACAGGGUGUUGAAACUUGGAGGAAAGGCAUGCAUAAUUGGCCCUGUUUAUCCAACAUUUUGGCUGUCUCGCUUCUUUGCAGAUGUGUGGAUGCUCUUUCCAAAGGAGGAAGAGUACAUUGAGUGGUUCAAAAAGGCUGGAUUUAAGGAUAUCAAGUUGAAAAGGAUUGGCCCAAAAUGGUAUCGUGGGGUUCGGCGCCAUGGGUUGAUCAUGGGAUGUUCUGUUACAGGAGUAAAACCCGCAUCUGGGGAGUCUCCUUUGCAGCUUGGUCCAAAGGCAGAGGAUGUAGCAAAACCUGUAAACCCUUUUGUGUUCUUCAUGCGCUUCAUUUUGGGUGUCAUGGCAGCUACAUACUAUGUUCUGGUUCCUAUUUACAUGUGGCUCAAAGAUCAAAUCGUUCCUAAAGGACAGCCAAUCUGAGAUUUCUAGCUGGUUGGCAGUUGCAGCUGAUUGUGACACUCUUAUAUGGAGUAUAUCAUGGUUAUUCUGCUUAAUCAAGCGAAUAAGUUUCUUGCCAGAAACUACUUCGUUUUGUGUUAAGGUGGCAAUAUUUCUGCUGAUGUAUGCUUUAUUAUUUUCUAAAAAAAAUGUGAUGUAAUGGAUUGCUUUUAA